CUUUAUCGUAUAUGAGUGGUGUCAAAGGAGAGCGGCUUGAGCUGAAGACGCUCCUCUACGAUGGUCUGUAGCCCUAGUUGCUAUCCAAACACAAAUAAACAGAAGAGGAACAUUGAAGUUAAUGAUACAAGAGGGGGUGGAGGCGUGUCGGAGGGCGGGCUGAGAGCUUUAGAGCCCGGAGCCCUGAAAAGUGAAGGACCGGUGCGCAUUACGCACACUUCCAGCCCCAGACGGGACUCCCACAUUGCUGCUGUCUCUCCCCCGAACUUCUUCGUCUCCUUCCACAACUUUUCCUAACCUGUCACGCCUUUGCAAAGCUACGAGAGCCUCAGAGUUGACUACAUGGCCACAUGAAAGUUGACAGGACUUGGAACUUGAAAGACCUUUAUUUGAGCUUGUCGCCUCCAGAGUUACUGUGGAUUACUGACUUUCUCCAGGACUUUUGGCAGCUAUUUAUUGGGGUAAGGUUCUGUUCUGUGAGAUUUAACUCAGUCUUGUGUAGGAGGGAAACCAUCGCCUUUCAACUCGCUUGUACAACUUUUUAUCUAAAGAGAAAAAUCAUACUUUCUCUUAUAGCUCAUCAGAGAUUCGUAAAGGUGUUUACUGUAGUCGAACAAAGCUUAAUCAAAUACUGUUUUCAAAAAUGAUCAUUGCCUCGCGAUGAUCGCACGUUUGAGGUCAUAGUUCACCCAGUUUUGACAUCUCUUCUCUGGGCCCACUGCGCGAAAUAACCCUGAAACAAGCUGUGGCCUUCGCCUCUGCGGUGCAUGUCACUGCUGACUGAAAACCUGCCAAAAAAGACGGUGACGGGGAUUCAAAGACGGCAGGGCACUACUUAGGCUGCUGUCAACGUGUAAAUGAAGUCCAAAGGUUGUUGAGAAAGGAGCAAGCACAAUACAGAUUGACACGGACGAAUAAGAGCAUGCAUGAGGAUUUUCGGUGCACCUGUGCAGAAUUGAAAAUCACACUAUCACGUCCGUCAACGUGAAUGCAAAGUGAGGCGAGUUCAAAUCUCUGACCGAAACAAGCUGCAGCCCUACAACCAUGUCCGCAACACUGUCCCCCUGUAAACUCUCUGUAGUUGGGACGAAUGCCCAAACCCAGCGAAGGUUCAGGCUCAUAAAUACAAGACUGUGAUUUAGUCAGAUCUGACAGAGCAUUGCGUUAUGUUAUGCAAAACAAUUUUUUCGUCUCUCAUUUUAUUUUCAACUAAUCUGAGGGUCAGCUCAUUUUCACCAUCUGAAGUCUUGAACGAAACUGGUGCUUCCUCAGUGUGGGAAAACACGACCUGUCAUCCCCACAAACAUUGAGCCUGUCAGUUUACACUCGUGGACCGUCAGCUCACCUCAAACAGCGUUUACCUUUUUAAAGCAAAGUCUCUGUUUGCGUCGAACUUUUUUGUCCAGAGAAAACCCUAGAUAUAAAACGGACUUUAAAGCUUGAUAUUUAUCCCUGUAAAUUUAUUGUGGACUCAGCGCAGGCAUUGAAAAAUACACGUAGCCUAAUUCUUCUUUAGACCAAAUCGUCUUUCUGUUUGACAGACAGCAUGGCCAAUGCAUUUACUGCAUUUAUAUUUUAAAGCCUGCAAAACUUCGAACAACUAAAACACCAACCAGUCAUGAAUUUACACCAACAAGCAAAAAACCAAGGUGAAGUCUCUGAUCAGUCUGAGUGUUUAUGAUGUUCUGUAUUUGUAAUUUAUCCUCUCCCUUUAUACUCUUCUUUUACUCACUGUUUUGAUGAAUAAUUUGAUUUAUAAAACUGCUUUGAAUGCAGUCCAGUUUCCAGCUGACAUAGAUCGCUUUAGUAACAUACAGGAUAUACUUCUUUUGUCUCUAUUUUUUCCUUCCAUUUUUUUUAUUUUUUAAUUUUACAAUGACAGGGGUCUCCUAUCCAGUUUAAUCUGCUCAGAAAAAAAGAAAAUCUGCCCACUUACACUCAUCGCAUGUCCAGUUUGUAGAAAGAGUGUUAUUAAUUUGUAGUGGGCUGUAAAACUGGAUUUUUACACUAUAGCGCGAUCACACAUCAGAGGUUCGACUUUCUCCGCCCGUGUGACCGCUUUAGAGCUGGCUCUUCAAUGACAUUUAUGCACAACAUGUAUUGUUUUGUUUCCCCCUCCAAAGGGUUGUCACCGUGUCUUCCGUGGAGGUCUGAGCCGAGAUGGGGAGUAAAGCUCUGCACGCUCCGAUCCCACUGCACCCGGCCCUCCAGCUUACAAACUACUCCUUCCUGCAGGCCGUUAACACUUUCCCCGCUGACCAGCUGCAAGGACUGUACGGCCUCAGCGCUGUGCAAACCAUGCACAUGAAUCACUGGACUCUUGGUUAUCCGCACAUCCAAGGACUAAGGUCGACAAUCACAGAGAUGGCAGCCGCCCAGGGUCUAGUAGACCCCAGGAUUCCCUUCCCAGCGUUACCCUUUUCAGCCGCUGCACAGCUCUUUCACCCAAAACAGGCCGGCAUAGCGCACGGCGUCCCUUCCUUACACAAGGACAGGCCGAGGUUUGACUUCGCUAAUCUGGCCCUCGCUGCCACCCAGGAGGACCCACCGAAAGCUACGGACCUGACGAAGUUGGCAUCGGGACUAGGAGGAACCAUCUCAGAGCUGAGCAAGCUGUCCCCAGACAGAAAACCCACCCGUGGAAGGCUCCCGUCCAAGACUAAAAAGGAAUUUAUAUGCAAGUUCUGCGGCAGGCAUUUCACCAAGUCUUAUAACCUCCUGAUCCACGAGAGGACCCACACAGACGAGAGGCCCUAUACCUGUGAUAUUUGUCACAAGGCGUUCAGAAGACAGGACCAUCUCAGAGACCACAGGUAAACUCUAUUUUCACACAUGGUCGGACGGUGUAACACAGCUGGGAGUUUUGAUUUAUUUAUUUAUUUUAUUUAUGUGUUUGUUUGUUUAUUUAUUCUGUGUGUGUACGCGUGCGCUCGUGUGUGUGUCGGGGGUAGGAGGGGUGGACGCUAUGUUUCGUGAUAUAUUUCUUGGACUGAACUUUGGAGAGCUAAAAUCUUACUCGUUUUCUUUGACAUCAAAUCAAAACUGAUUGCAGAUGUUUGCCAGUGAGAGCGCUCUAAAGUUGGACCCUCAUAACUUACAGGGCAGAAAUGUUCUCCUUUUUACUGAUUGCUGUUGGACUGCUACCUCUACUCAAAAUAAAAAUAAGAUCACGAGAAAAGAAAAGAAAAAGAAAUAUGCAUGAGUGGACCUUUGAUGAAGUGUUAUUUCUGUUUCACAGAUACAUCCAUUCCAAGGAAAAACCGUUCAAAUGUCAAGAGUGUGGGAAGGGAUUUUGUCAGUCUCGAACUCUAGCCGUACACAAAACCUUACAUAUGCAGGUAAGCUGAAAAUACUGUCAGCAUGCAUGAGUCUGUCAAAACCAGUGAUAUUUUGUGAUCAUAAAGCACGUUAUUCACUGUCUCCUGUAUGUAUAUGCGGAUAUUGAUGCGUCUUUUAAACAAUGGAGUUGUGGCCACUUGAUUAUUGAGUUUAUUAGUUCAUGUAACAGAGAUUUACAUUUUAAAUAACAUACACAUUUUAUGUGGAAAUUGGUCUGAGUGCCUUGAACUAAGCUAAUAGGACUUCACUGGUCAGUUAAUACAUGAUAGCCGUUCGAUACAAUUAAAGGGAAUAAUUUUUUGCUUGCUUUAAAUCUAAACAGGAGUCCCCCCACAAAUGCCCCACAUGCGGAAGAACCUUUAAUCAAAGAAGUAACCUGAAAACUCACCUUCUCACCCAUACAGACAUCAAGCCCUACAGCUGUGGCCGCUGCGGAAAGGUGUUUCGGCGCAACUGUGACUUGCGACGGCACAGUUUGACGCACAGCCCUCACCAGGACUUCUAGCUGGACAGACUAACAAAUAGACAAUGGUCAAAACGCAGGAGGACAAGUCGGAGAUUAAAACAAAACAAAAAAACAAAGACAAUCAACAAACCAGGACACGUUUACUGCGGCACAUCAGUUGGAUUUUUUUGCACCUCAACAGUGACAGCAGCGGAGAUAGCCAUGUCCAGCUUUCACACCACCUGUAAAUAUCAAGACCAUGUACAUACUGUGUCUGUCUUCUUCGUGUUCUUUCCUGACAUUGAAUGAUAAAGUUGUCAAAGAACAGCAAUAAGUUUAAAGUAUGUUAAAUUGUAUUUUAAAAAUAAAUAUUUCCGUUACAUGCUCA